GCUCCGAAGCGUGGCCUCAGCUGCGGGUCCCAACCUGGGGUUCGGCCUCGCGCGCUCCGGUGACUGGUGGGCGGGGCGUGUCCGUGACGUCUCAUCGCUUUUCGAGUCUCCGCCCCCUUCCCGACCCAGAUAUAAGACUUCGCCGAGCGUUCUCACUCUCACGAGUGGACGAGGGUUUGAGGAGCAGGUUGUCGUUGUUGGGGGGGGGGUUCGAGAGCUGGGACAAGUUCGGACGUGUGUCCGCGCCUCGGAGUGGCAGCGGGCAGUGUCGGGCAGCGAGGCAACAAGGCGGCAAUGGAGCUCUUGCGGACUAUCACCUACCAGCCGGCCGCCAGCACCAAGAUGUGCGAGCAGGCGCUCGGCAAGGCUUGCGGAGGGGACUCGAAGAAGAAACGGCAGCAGCAGCACCCCGAGGAGCCGCAGGCGCUGCAGCCCUCGCUGCAGGUGCAGCCGGCGGCCCCGCACCACCAUCACCACCACUCGCACUCGGGGACCGAGAUCUCGCGGAUUAUCGUCGACCCCACGACGGGGAAGCGCUACUGCCGGGGCAAAGUGCUGGGCAAGGGUGGCUUUGCAAAAUGCUAUGAGAUGACAGAUUUGACAAACAACAAAGUGUAUGCUGCAAAAAUUAUUCCUCACAGCAGAGUAGCCAAACCUCAUCAAAGGGAAAAGAUUGACAAAGAAAUAGAGCUUCACAGGAUUCUUCACCAUAAGCAUGUGGUGCAGUUUUAUCACUACUUUGAGGACAAAGAAAACAUUUACAUUCUCUUGGAGUACUGCAGCAGAAGGUCCAUGGCUCAUAUCUUGAAAGCAAGAAAGGUGUUGACAGAGCCAGAAGUCCGAUACUACCUCAGACAGAUUGUGUCUGGACUAAAGUACCUUCAUGAACAAGAAAUCUUACACAGAGAUCUCAAACUAGGAAACUUUUUUAUCAAUGAAGCCAUGGAGCUAAAAGUUGGAGACUUUGGUUUGGCAGCCAGGCUGGAACCCUUGGAGCACAGAAGAAGAACAAUAUGUGGUACCCCAAAUUACCUCUCUCCUGAAGUUCUCAACAAACAAGGACAUGGCUGUGAAUCAGACAUUUGGGCCUUAGGCUGCGUAAUGUAUACAAUGUUAUUAGGAAGACCCCCAUUUGAAACUACAAAUCUUAAGGAAACAUAUAGAUGUAUAAGAGAAGCAAGGUAUACAAUACCAUCUUCCUUGCUAGCUCCUGCAAAGCACUUAAUAGCUAGCAUGUUGUCCAAAAAUCCAGAAGAUCGUCCCAGUUUGGAUGACAUCAUUCGACAUGACUUUUUUUUGCAGGGCUUCACUCCAGACAGACUUUCAUCUAGCUGUUGUCAUACAGUUCCAGAUUUCCAUUUGUCAAGCCCAGCUAAGAACUUCUUUAAGAAAGCUGCUGCUGCUCUUUUUGGUGGCAAAAAAGACAAAGCCAGAUAUAUUGACACACAUAAUAGAGUGUCUAAAGAAGAUGAAGAAAUUUACAAGCUUAGGCAUGAUUUGAAAAAGACUUCAAUAACUCAGCAACCCAGCAAACAUAGGACAGAUGAGGAGCUCCAGCCACCUACCACUACAGUUGCCAGAUCUGGAACACCCGCAGUAGAAAACAAGCAGCAGAUUGGGGAUGCUAUUCGCAUGAUAGUCAGAGGGACUCUUGGCAGCUGCAGCAGUAGCAGUGAAUGCCUUGAGGACAGUACCAUGGGGAGUGUUGCAGAUACAGUGGCAAGGGUUCUUCGAGGAUGUCUGGAAAACAUGCCAGAAGCUGACUGCAUUCCCAAAGAGCAGCUGAGCACAUCAUUUCAGUGGGUCACCAAAUGGGUCGAUUACUCUAACAAAUAUGGCUUUGGGUACCAGCUCUCAGACCAUACUGUCGGUGUUCUUUUCAACAAUGGUGCUCACAUGAGUCUCCUUCCAGACAAAAAAACCGUUCACUAUUACGCAGAGCUUGGCCAAUGCUCUGUUUUCCCAGCAACAGAUGCCCCUGAACAAUUCAUUAGUCAAGUGACGGUGCUGAAGUACUUUUCUCAUUACAUGGAGGAGAACCUCAUGGAUGGGGGAGAUCUGCCUAGUGUUACUGAUAUUCGAAGACCUCGGCUCUACCUCCUUCAGUGGCUCAAAUCUGACAAGGCCUUAAUGAUGCUCUUCAAUGAUGGCACCUUUCAGGUGAAUUUCUACCACGAUCAUACAAAAAUCAUCAUCUGUAGCCAAAAUGAAGAAUACCUACUCACUUACAUCAAUGAAGAUAGGAUAUCUACGACAUUCAGACUGACAACCCUGCUGAUGUCUGGCUGUUCAUUAGAAUUAAAAAAUCGUAUGGAAUACGCUCUGAACAUGCUCUUACAGAGAUGUAAUUAAAGGACUUUUUGAAUGGACCCUAUGGGAUUUCUCUUUUCCACUGUGAGAUCUACAGGGAAGCCAGUAGAUGAUCUACAGCAUGUUGAAGAAGAUGGAUAGGAGGUGGUACGAAAACAAUGCCUCUGUGGCCUGCUGGACUGGGUGGGACCAGAGCAGGCUGAAGCAUACAAUUCUUGACUUUGGACUAAUCCAAGGGUGAACCAGGAUGUAGUUUUUCUCAAUAUACCUGUUUUAAAAGGUUGUUCAGACGAUUUUGCAGAAGGAUGCAUUGACUCUUAACUUCUCUCUGUAGAGAGCAUUUCAGACAGAGGACUUGGAACUGUGAAUAUACUUCCUGAACAGGAGGGAGAAGGGAGGAAGCUCCCACGUUGUUUAAAGGCUGUAAUUGGAGCAGCUUUUGGCUGCUUAACUGUGAACUAUGGCCAUAUAUAGUUUUUUUUUUUUUUGUUAAUUUUUGAAGAUAUUUGUGGCUGGAAAAGUGCAUUCCUUGUUAAUAAACUUUUUAUUUAUUACAGCCCAAAGAGCAGUAUUUAUUAUCAAAACUUUUUUUUUUUUUUAUGUUGACCAUUUUAAACUGUUGGCAAUAAAGAGUAUGGAAAAGCAGAAA